AUGACUGUGAAUGCGGCCACUGUGGUAGAACAAUACCCGUUGCCUCGAGUGGACGACAUUUUUGCUAGGUUAAACGGUGGCGAAGUAUUCACGACCUUGGAUUUGCGUCAAGCCUACAACCAGUUGCCAUUGGAUGAGGAAGCAAAGAAGAUAACAGUCCUCAACACCCAGAAGGGUCUCUUUUGUUUUAACAGAUUACCGUUUGGCGUAAGUUCUGCUCCAGCCAUAUUCCAAAGGCGAAUGGACGGACUGCUGGGGGAUAUUCCUGGAGUGCAGGUGUACCUGGAUGACAUUAUCAUCGCCGAGAAAAAACAUGAUUCAUCUAGGCUCAAAACCGUGCUGCAGCGGCUGCGGGAGUAUGGUCUCCGACUGAACAAGGGAAAGUGCAAGUUUCGGCAAGACGAAGUCACAUUUCUCGGUCAUCGUAUCGACGCGAAGGGUCUGCGACCGAAGGACGACAAUAUCAAAGCCGUUGUUGAAGCCCCAAAGCCCACCUCGGUGAGUGAGCUGAAAGCUUUUCUCGGUCUCAUAAAUUACUAUGGCAAGUUCCUGCCCAAUCUGGCCACCAUGCUAGCUCCGCUACAUGCUCUCUUAUCCAAAGGAGUCAAGUGGCAAUGGAGCCAGGAACAGGAGAAAGCAUUUCAGCAAGUUAAGCAGGCAAUUGUGGCUUCCAAGUUUCUGGCUCACUUCGACCCGGAUAAGCCACUGCGGCUGGAGUGCGAUGCAUCAUCAGUAGGCAUUGGGGCCGUUUUGUCGCACCGCGUGAAUGGUGUUGACUACCCCAUCGGAUUCCGGUCCAGGACACUUACCAAGAGCGAGCGCAAUUACUCGCAGUUAGAAAAAGAAGCUUUGGCACUGGUAUUCGGCGUCGCCCGGUUUAAAGACUACCUGUACGGACAUCAGUUCGUCUUAGUAACAGACCACAAGCCUCUUACUGGUUUAUUCAAUCCAGGUAAAGCCAUACCACCGAUGGCGGCCGCAAGAAUACAGCGUUGGGCCUUGUUUCUUGGCAACUACAACUACACAUUGCAGUACCGGAAGGGCAGUGACCAUUCCAAUGCUGAUGCCCUCAGUCGGUUGCCCUUGCCAGUAAUGGAGGAGCCGCGGGACUCUGCUGCCGACGAGUACGUUUUGUAUGCCCACUCUCUGGAGGAAACAGCGCUUUGCGCCCGCGAGGUUGAACAUCUGACUAAUCGAGACACCAGCCUUCUGCAGGUUAAAAAAUGGAUUUCCCAGGGAUGGCCGUCAUAUCUUCCGCAGGGCCAUGAGCAUCUCCGGCCGUACUUCAACAGAAGAACAGAGCUUACAGUCAGCCAUAAUUUGGUGUACUGGGGACAUCGCAUUGUUCUACCCCUGGGGGCGGCAAGGCGUGUGUUGCGUCUUUUGCACGAGACACACCCCGGCAUGACAGCUAUGAAAACCACAGCGAGAACGUUGUUUUGGUAUCCGGGACUGGAUUCCGACAUAGAGCGACUGGUGAACUCAUGUUCCACAUGUGCGCAGGCUUCAGCGAUGCCACCAGCACAGAUACCUUUGGCCUGGCCAGCCACCGGGGAAAGGUGGAGCCGGCUGCACGCAGAUUUCGCAGGCCCGUUGGACGGACAAAUGGUCUUAGUCGUCGUCGACUCGGAAACGAAAUGGAUGGAAGCCAUUCCAAUGAAAACUGCCACUUCGCAAACCACGGCCAACGCGCUAAGAUCAAUAUUUGCACGGUUCGGCCUUCCAAAAACCUUUGUUUCUGAUAACGGACCCCAAUUUGUGGGCAAAGUUUUUCGUGAGUUUCUGGCACGGAACAAUGUGCAACAACUCACAACAGCCCCUUAUCAUCCACAGUCGAAUGGGUUAGCCGAACGAGCUGUGCGUACGCUCAAGGAAGGACUGAAGAAGAACCCCGGAACAGACCUCAAAAUACGCAUAGCGCGGGUUUUAUGUCGAUAUCGCCGAACGCCCGUCAAGGAUGGAAAGUCGCCGGCGGAACUCUUAUUGGGGUACCAAAUAAGAACAAAGCUGGACUGUAUCGCUCCCGAUGAAAGGUCACCAGAAAUCCAACCACGAGUUGGAGGGUUUCCAGUUCAGGCAGGUGACCCAGUCUGGAUGCGCGAUUUCCGAACAAGUCGUCGCAGGUGGAUACCAGGAGUAGUGCGAGAUCAACUAGGGUCCAGAAUGGUCACUGUUGAUUCCGGGAAAGGAAUUCAGCGGCGACACUUGGACCAGGUGAGACGUCGAACUGUCUCAGACUCUUUCUCGACACAGAGGGUAGCCGUAAACCCUGCAGAUAGCACUCCAAUCACGUCGCGACAUAGUCCGGAAGUGGCCCAGACUGAUAGCCCGCCACCGUUACGAAGAUCGACCCGACAGCGACGGCCUCCUGAACGCUUGGACCUGUAA